CGAGCAGGUGGCAGUGGUUCAUUCUGCAGUGGCCAUAGCGAAAAUCUGUCUUCUCUGCAAAGUCCCGAGAGAUGCCAACUCUAUACAACAGAUGUGAUAGCUAUUCAGUUGAUUGGCUACUAAACGAAACAUCUAUUACCUGAGAAAGAAUCUGGACAAAAUAUGAGUUCCCCGCGGGGCCACCCUGUCCUGUAACCAAUGGCAACGUCGGUCCAGACCCUUCCUCUGACCCGCGACCCCAGCAAGACAUUCCGUGAUCCGUACUCAACCCCUACCCGGCCCACAGCCCUACUGGACCGGUGCAGUAUGGGUAGUGUAGGCAGCCUAGUUGAACGCCCGGACGCAUCCCCAGCUAAAGGCAGCCGGGCCGUGCCCCAGGUGGGACCCAGGCAGACCAACAGGUUAUUAAAGAAAAGCUUCAACCAGAGAGAGCUGCUCAACUACCUCAACAUCACCAGGAAAGAUGUUAAAGCGGAUAGCGGCCCAGGAAGCAGUAGGAAGGACAUCUUCUCCAGCAUGCAGUCCAUUAAUAGAGAGCAUGGACAUGAGGAGGAACACAUCAAGCUCUACCACAAAGACGGAACUGAGGUGGACGUGUCAAAGAACUCACUGCCCAUUAGAGGGAAAUAUGAGAAGUCUCGUCUCAGGCCGUCUGCCUUCAAGCCCAUCACACCUAAGAACUUCAGUUCGAUGCAGAACCUCUACCCUUCCAAGAUGGAGGACUCAGACCAGAACCUGUCCAACGGUCUCCACCGGGCCUAUGCACACACACCUAGAGCUGGCUCCACCUCCUCUUCCUCCUCCUCACCCUCCCGCCACGGAGGACCCACCUCCAGCGGAACCAAGGUGGUGGCGUCAGUGCGUGGUCUGAGUCAGGAGGAUGAGAACCUGUCAGACUCUGGUCAUAACUCUAUGAACAGUCUUCCUCCAUACAGAUCUCCCUUCAGACCACACCUGGCUCACAUCAGUGCCUCCAUGGGCCACAUCAACACCAUUGGCUCUCUGGACCGAGCAUCAAAGGUUGCGGGGUCGUCUGGGGUCGCCAUGGCGGAGAUGGCCAUGUCGUGUCGUAGCAUGGCAAUGCUCAGCCGUCUGGCGCCAUACGGAGGGGAGGCUCCGCCCCCUUACGAACUGUCGCUCUCCGUAGAGGAGGUGGUGCGUGAUCUGGAGGAGAGGCUGGUGGAGAAGGAACACGAGCUGAAACAGAUGAGGAGGAACCUGGAUGAGAGUGAAGGAGCCAUCGCACAGGUGUUUGAAGGUAAACAGCAUCUGUGGGAGAAGGAGUUGGAGGAGCUGAAGCAUCUGUACGCCGCCAAGCUGCGUCAGGUUUCCCAGCAUGCUCAGCAUUCCCAGCGUGCACUGCAGCUGCAGCUGUAUAAGGCCCAGCAGGAGAAGAACAGACUGCAGGAGGAACUGGAUGCUCUGAGGGGGGAUAGACAGAGAGAGGGUCAGGGGAGUCUGAAGGGAACCAGUCCUACUCUGGAGGAGACUCGGUGGCAGGUGUGUCAGAAGUCGGGUGAGAUCUCGUUGUUGAAGCAGCAGCUGCGUGACUCCCAGGCGGAGGUGACCUGCAAGCUGUCAGAGCUGUUCCAGCUGAAGACCCAGCUGAGGGAGUCCAGAGGAGAGCUGCAGAGCCAUGAUGGACAGAUAGACGCGCUGCAGACAGCCCUACAGGGGGCGCAACCACGACGACAGGGGAAAGUUGGAGCGGAGGAGAAUGGGACACUAGAGUCUCGAGGAUCAGGAGGGGCAUCAGGCCCUACAGAGGAGCGUCUGCGAGCAGAGCUGUUGUUAGAGCGUCGUCAGAGCGAGGCCCAGGCUACGGCCUUCGAGGAGGAGAGACAGACGUGGCAGACAGAGAAGGAGAAAGUGAUCCGCUACCAGAGAGAGCUGCAGGCCAGCUACCUGGACAUGUACCACCACAACAAACUACUGGAGAGAGAAGUAUACCAGCUCAGAGGAAGAGGAGGAGGAGGAGAGAGAGGAGGAGGAGGAACGCUGGAGAGGGAACUGCAAGAUGUGAGGGGAGGAAGAGGAGGAGAAGGAGGAGGACGAGAGAUGGGAGACUACAGUAACGAGUCACUGGAGAGGGAAGUGCAGGAGGUGAGGAGAGGAAGAGGAGGAGGAGAGGAGGACAGUAAACCUCCCCCUGGUCUUCCCUGGAUAGAGAGGAUAGAGUCGUCUGAGAUUUGACUGGGUGGGCACUAGAGGGAGGGCCCAUUCCAAACCAAACACUCGCCCCCUCUUCCUAUCUCCUUGAUGAAUACUCAGGCUUCUUACAGACUUGAAAGGUGUGGAGGGCCCAGUUCCAGUUCCAAUUCCAAAACAACUCUGCACUCCUAUACUCCUGUACCUGUAUGAACUAGACUGAAUAGUGUGCAUAUAUAAUCAGCAAUACAAUGAUACACCCUCUCUGGUACUGUUUAUUGGAGGUUCCACUUCCUACUUCCUGUUUCAAUCCACCAAUCAAUAACAACUUCCUGUUUCAGUCUACCAAUCAAUGACAGCGUAUUAGAGUCGAGAACACUGUACAUUCCUUCAAGCAUGACACUGACCAAACCUCACUUUAGAGGGCUGCUUCUAUGUACAAAGGAUGAUAAUAAUAAUAACCUAUUUUACUUAUUGAAAUGUUGUUCUGUGUGUAUAUAUUCAAACCAGUUCCAAUCCUCACAGCCGUUCUGUGGGCUAGUUGAAGUUCAAACGCUGACUGGGGUAAAGUAAGGGUACCCUAUACCCUGUAUAGUACACUACUUUUGAUUAGAUGCAACCUAGGACUGUGUCCAAAACGAUCUAAAGGGAUUUGGGUUUUGUCCCGGUGUGGUGAGGUACGGUCAUUGUCUCUGUGGUGGGUACAAUAGGCCUGAUGUAAAUCACAUGAAAUGUUCUCUUCAUUCAGGGAGCGUCCAGGGUGCUGGGCUCAGAGAGGAGAAAGCUGUACCACUGAGUUAAGUAGGAUUACUAGACCAUUAGAGGCCAACACACGGAUGCUAUUGCUCUGCCAUUUUUUAUGACCCUUUAAGACACCUGUAAUACUGUAGCAAUACUGGAUUGAGGAUGUUUUAUGGAAUGUAUAUUUAUUUUCAUGUGAUUCUAUUUUCUGUCCCCAAAUCACUAUAUUGUAAUCUGUAUAUAAUUGUAAUUUGGAAAUACUAAUGCUGCAGAAGCAUGUACUGUUUGAGUAAAGGACACUUUGGAAUCAAUAGCCAAAUACAGCCUAGUACUAAAGCUCUGGCCAUUAUUCUGCAUCCCAUUGGACUAAUUACUGAUAAUCUAUCGUUGCUGUUGGUAGCACAAGCAUUUCGCUACACCCGCAAUAACAUCUGCUAAACACAUGUAUGUGACAAAUACAAUUUGUUUUGAUUUGAUUUGGAGGGAAACCUAUCUCCUAAACAGAAGCUUUUCAGCAAAUGGAAAAAAAUUGCCAUAUUUACCCAUGAACAAACAAACAAUUACAAAACUUGAGAAAAUCUAUUUUGAAUAAAUUUCUUGGUCCUACAGUCAUUAAAUAUUUAGAGAGUACAUUGAGGGGAGUUACUGCUUUCAAUACAUUUAAAAUACAGUGGGGGAAAAAAGUAUUUAGUCAGCCACCAGUUGUGCAA